AAAUUAUGCAGGAUGUCUCACAACCCAACACUUACAUGUUUACCCUACUUAAGUCCUGCAGACGACUCAGAACCAUUCAGGCCAGAACAGAAAGAAUGAGGAAAAGUUUUUACCCCCAGGCAGUGCGACUGCUGAACAGAGACCUUUUCAAAUAAUUAUUUUCUUAGUUUUUUUCUGUAACUUAUUUCUCACCUUUUAUUUCCUUUUUUACUUUACUUCUUUAAUUCUUAAGAUGCAGAGCUGAUGACCCCAUCAUCAUUUCACUACAAUACCAUGUAUGUGACAAAUAAAAUUACUUGAACUUGAACUUGAACUCACUCCUAGCCCUAUAGGCUAGCCCUAUAAUACUGUACGAUGCCAAAACCGGUUGUGUCUCACAACAGGUCAGGCUACAAUCCACUGCAAUACUAAAACCGCAAAACAGGCUUCCAAAUGACAAGCGCCACCUGCGAGCACCUACCUGACGCUGUACGGAACAUAUUUUGCUUUUAUGGACAUGCAAUGUUAUUGGCAACUUGCAAACGCAGGGCCACUUACGAGCCUGUUCCGCUGUGGGUCUGUUCAAGUAACCGAGGAGGAGGAUAAACCUGACCAGCUGCCUGCACACGCACCACACUAUUCACUUGCUUAACUUCACCUUUUAAACAUGAAGCUAUGGAUACACGUUACAAUCGCGCUAGUCAGCUUCAUGACAGUAGGUGGUAUACUAUUUUCUCAGUUUCAUCGGCUAAAUCACCUUCCAUUGGAGGUUGAGUUUGCAGAGCAAGUGUUGCGGGCCAGAGCUUUCGAGGCCAAAGAAACGCAGAUUGCGCUUGACCUAAAUGACAGGUAUCAAAGAUCACCACUCAACAAAACUGUGGAUGACAUACGGAGAAAAAUACUGGAGCUGACAGCCAGCAAAACAAAGUGGGCGACUGAGGCUGAGGAAUGUCAGAAAACACAGAAAGAUUUGGAUGCAGCCAUUGAGGAGCGGCAACAGGAGAAAACCACGUUAGAGGGGGAAUUCAAUUCCUUGAAAACUCAGUGGAAUGAGGAGAUGAAUAAGCUUGAACAACAGCUUGGAAUGCCCAGUCCAGUAUGUGCCUUUGUCAUCGAAAAUGAUGAGACAAAGAAACUGUGCAGUCCACAGAAGGAUGCUGUACCAGAGGUCAUUGUGCAAGGCACCUAACCCGGCACUGCACUAUCAUGGUUUCCCCAACACUUUACACUUAAGGUGUCCGUCUUGACAACAUACUUUGGAUGUAAUUUAUGAAGUUACUUCUGCUGUGAUCACAUCAUAUUUCAUGGGAAACUGUAUGACACAGGCUUUCUUUUUUCUUUUUCUUUUUUAAGAUAUUUUUAUGGGCUUUUUUGGGGCCUUUAUUUCGGAUAGGAUAGUGAAGAUGCGACAGGAAGUGAGUGUGGAGAGAGAUGGGGUAAGGUUGUGAAAUGACCCUGGCCGGACUCGAACCAGGGUCCCCAUGGGCAUGCACGCCCAAGUGUGGGGGGCUUAGCGCGCUGCGCCACAGCACCCCCCGACACAGGCUGUCUAAUGAUAAUUGUCAUACUGGCCAACCCCCCACCACAUUGACUGUGGGAAGCACUUACAAUCACAAUGUAACCUAAAUAAUAAUGAUAAUAAUACAAGAACGUGUCUGAAACAUGUCAUUUCAAGUAAUGUGAUUUCAUGGUCUUUCAUCCACAAAUUAAGUAACCUGGAGAAAGAGGACUUCUCCCACAUUGCCCUUGUAGUAUGACCUCUCGAGACAGGAGCAUCAGCUUCAGACCAGGCCAUGAACACUUAACUACUAGCCCUAUAUUCACUUUUUUCACCUCCAGCCAAGGCUAGUAGAUUUUAAUCUUACAAGCCAAACACACACUUACUAGUGGGUCAAAGUUGCUACUUAGUUGGUCUUUUCUAACAGCCAAACUGAAAUUUCACCAGCAUUUGGCUAUUUGGCUGGUGUUAAUUUAGAGCCCUGCUAGUAGCAUAGCAACGCCAAGUACCAAGUGAAAAAAGCAGCCUCAAAUCAGACCAUGUACACUUAACGUACAUGUACACUUAAGUAUAGCAACACCAAGUGAAUAGCAGGUGCGGCUAUAGAACAAAGCAUCCCCUCUGAAACAUAAUUUCUCCCA